UACCGUCUUAUCCUCACGCCAAACAAACCCAGUACUAGACACCAAUGCCAUGUCAAGUUCUGAACUCCAGCAAAUACACACUCUGUAACUCAACUCUCUCUGCAAACACAGACUUGGACAAUGGCCAGUGUUCUCGGAACUUCUUCUGCAGCACUCUUCGCCUCUCGUCCUUCUUCUUCUCGCUCCUCCAAGUGCCCCAUUCAUUCUCUCUCUCCAACCCCAGGGCAGAGUUAUGGGAGGAAAUUCUAUGGAGGGAUUGCAAUUCCAGUGAAGAAGGAGAGGUCUCAGUUCCGUGUUUCUAUUACUAAUGUUGCCACUGAAAUCAGUCCUGCCCAAGAACAGGCCCGGAAGCUUGCCUCUAAGGAAAAUCAGAGGCCAGUGUAUCCAUUCUCUGCUAUAGUAGGACAAGAUGAGAUGAAACUAUGCCUUCUGCUAAAUGUGAUUGAUCCCAAGAUUGGGGGUGUCAUGAUUAUGGGUGACCGAGGAACUGGAAAAUCUACGGCUGUUAGGUCUUUAGUCGAUUUACUUCCUGAAAUCAAGGUAGUUGCUGGUGAUCCUUUUAACUCUGAUCCAGAAGAUCCGGAAUCUAUGGGCAUGGAAGUCCAAGAAAGAGUUGUGAGAGGCGAAGAAGUUCCUGUCGUGAAUACCAAAAUCAACAUGGUUGAUUUGCCAUUGGGUGCCACGGAAGAUAGAGUUUGUGGAACAAUUGACAUAGAAAAGGCCCUUACGGAGGGUGUCAAGGCAUUUGAGCCCGGCCUUCUUGCUAAAGCUAAUAGAGGAAUUCUAUAUGUUGAUGAAGUCAAUCUUUUAGAUGAUCAUCUAGUGGAUGUUCUUUUGGAUUCAGCUGCCUCAGGAUGGAAUACAGUUGAAAGAGAGGGAAUUUCAAUUUCACAUCCCGCUAGGUUUAUACUAAUAGGCUCGGGAAAUCCUGAAGAAGGAGAGCUAAGGCCACAGUUGCUUGAUCGGUUUGGAAUGCAUGCACAAGUAGGGACCGUGAGGGAUGCUGAGUUAAGAGUAAAGAUUGUGGAGGAGAGAGCUCGGUUUGAUCAAAACCCUAAGGAAUUCAGAGAUUCUUACAAGGAGGAACAAGAGAAACUCCAACAUCAAAUUGCUUCAGCUAGAAACUCUCUUUCAUCAGUUCAAAUUGAUCGUGAACUCCGUGUGAAAAUCUCUAGCGUUUGUGCGGAGCUGAAUGUUGAUGGAUUGAGAGGCGAUAUAGUGACAAAUAGGGCAGCGAAAGCUUUGGCUGCCCUUAAAGGAAGAGAUACAGUAACAACAGAGGAUAUUGCAACCGUCAUUCCCAACUGCUUAAGACACCGUCUUCGGAAGGAUCCCCUGGAAUCCAUUGAUUCUGGUUUGCUUGUUAUUGAGAAAUUUUACGAGGUAUUUACCUGAAGCGGCUAAAUAUAUGGGUUUCUCUGUAAUUUUUUUUAACAACUGCUUUUUGUUAAUUUUUUUUGUUGUCAUAAUUAAGUUUGUUGGAAUUUCUGCUUUCCUUUGUCAUCUGAAACUAUUCCUGAUAUGAAAUAGAUACUGAGUUGCAAUGUUUAUCAUUUAUUAAAUAGAGCUCAGAUACGGAUGAUAUUUGGGAAGGAUGAAAUUCAGUUUAAGGGACUACACAAGCGUAUUUUUGAACUUGAACACCAUAAUGCUAUUGUUAAUUUUACUUUUUUUCUCA